GCCCUUUACUCCCACUUUGCAUGUCAGCGGAAAUAAUUUCCCCCAAUCGAAGCGCUAAAAGCUUGCUCGGUGAGGUUGACCCCUUUGUUUCUCGAUGCAAGGGAUAUAAAUAAUAGGGAUUUUUUAUUCUGAUUCUCUUUGUAGGGUAGAAAGACAAUAGCAAUUACUAGUUUGCUUCAAUGUCCUCCAAAACAUAUUUCACGAUGGAAACGGAACCAGUGCUUUCUGUUCAAAUUCAGCCCAAGAUGGAACCACCUUCGCCUCCAUUAGAAACGGAGGAGAGCGUUGGACAGUCCUCGUCGAAGGCUCCUUCCAAGGAGGAGAUCGAGAAUGCAUUCCAGUGCAUUGUGUCCAAGACAGAUGUAACUCCCAGCGAGACUGUGGAGGGCAGUUUAAAAGUGGUCACAAAAUACAUGUGUCGGUAUUGUGCACGUCAAUUUGAGUCACCUGAUGACAUGAAGCAGCACAUUGCAAGCCACAGCAAGCCUGGCAGGGUGUCUAAUCACUCUUGUUAUGUGUGCGGGAAGACAUACUCAACUCCCUCUAAACUUCAGAGGCAUGUGCGGGUCCAUAGCGGGGAACGCCCCUACCCUUGCAAUGUGUGUGGGAGAAGGUUUACCAGAUCAGAUCAUGUCAAGCAACAUCUGAGAACACACUUGCCCCAAAAGGAGAAAAAUACUUGCCGUAUUUGCAGCAUGAAGUUCAAUGCCCGUCAAUCACUUUAUAACCAUCUUCAACAAGCACACAACAUAAAUCAAAUUUUCACUUGUAGUAAGUGUGGAGAAGCUUUCGAUGACUCAGAAAAGCUCCAAUCUCACAAGACAACUCACGACACUCUAAACCAGUCUACCGUCACCGAAUCUGCAGACAUAGAAGGGGCAAUGCUUAUUCAACACAAUAACAGCAACAAAAGGAUUGACAGUGAGAAUUUAAUGGUGAUUGGCUUGGCUAAAUUUAGUUGUGGAACAACCAUAGUAAGGGACUUGGAAGAAGAUAUGGAUGACGAAUCCAGCGAUGGAAAAUCCAACUGGACAAAACCCAGUCGAAAACUGGAUUGGACCAAUGGGAAUGAUGAUGACACCGGAGAUAAGAUAUUGGAUGAUCCGGAGACGAUUGACACUGAUGGUACAAUGUAUAUAUCACCAGAGCUAAUGGAGAAAUUCAUUAAGAGUGAACCAGUGGAUGACUAUGAAGAUAAUCCACAAGGAAAUCUGGACGGAUUCCAGAACCCCGGGAUCUCCGUGCACUCCUCGGACUCGAAGUUUGUGAAAGAUAUGUGGCAGGAUAACACAGAAUCUGAAGAAAUGGAGGACAAAAAACCAAACAUUGAUGAAAGUGAAACAGCUAUACACUUUAGCACUGGGACUAAGAGCGUAGGCAAUGGAAGAAAAGUGACAGAAAUUAUGGUCUACCCCAAGACAGGGGCAAAAGUAACCAGUUACACUGAACCAAUUACUUCCCAAACUCUGUCUGAACCCAGCAAGAUCAAAAUUGGCCCGGCCAGUUACAUGAGAAAGAAGAUUCAAAUGAAUAUCCCUAAUCCACGAAACAAAUUCAAACAGUUAGUGAAAACUCUUGGCAUGGACAGCAGUACCAUUGGUGUGGACCAAAGCAAAAGCACAGAGAGCAAAGAAGUUUCAGAAAAGCCCUCAGAGCUGACUGGAAAGAAAUCAUGGAAGUGUGAACACUGCAGUAUACAUUUUGAAGACUAUUCCAUGAGCUUGCUUCACAGCUCGCUGCAUGAUGCAGAUGAACAAGACCCUUUUACCUGUAGGAAAUGCCUAAAAAAGCUCGGAAACCGCCUCGAGUUUUCUGCUCAUUUAGUUUGGCACUUAGAACCUUCAAUGGAUGGCUGAUUUUAGUCCGACAUUUAGAGCCCUCGGUGUAAAUCUGGAUUUUGUCCAGCAGCCUGAUUUUAAUUGUAUGAUUUUUAAUACUAGUAUUUUAUUUUUACAUAUGAUAUGGCAAAUUGUGCAUGAAAGAAUGGAAUUGAAUACACAUUAUUUAUGUUAAAUGUCUAUCUUGUACAUGUAUGGUAAUUUUUCACAAGAUUUUUAUCACCUUAUCAGAGUUCCUGUGUAAACAGUGAGAUGCUAAAACAUUCACCACAAAUUAACUGAAAAUGUCAUUGUGAUUACCAUGUUUAUCUACCACUCAAAUUAUUUCUUUGUAUUUACUAUAAAAGUUGUUUAUUAAUAUACACAUAUUCAAAGUAUUUCUACCACUGUUAGAUUUACAAUGUAAUGUUGUAAUAUUGCAACAUUUUGUUAUUAUCCUUACUAGGGCAAUGGUUAUUGUAAUGUGAAAUUUAUUUAUUAGUUUUUAUUCAAUGAAUUGUCUGGGCAGUCCAUAAAUGCAUUUUUUUUUUCUAUUUUGUUUGAGUUAUUGUUCAGACUGGAUUAUGAUAUUACAUUGUAUGAAAGGGCACUUUUCGCUGUUUUAUUUGUGCGUCCACAGAUAACUUUUUGCGGAAAGAAGUAGGUACAGUUUCUAAAGUCAUCUGGCCCAAAAUAUCGAUGAUUUCACUUGGAGCUCAAACCCUGGCAUUCAAAUAAGGAAUAGAUUAGCAAACCCAAAAUCUGCUCAGUUUGAUCAGCAAAAUGAUUUGUGUCAUAUGAUGAGAGCUUAAAGUUCGCAUAAAAUUGCAAAAAUGCCAUUUUCAAUGAAAAUAUCCACAAAUUCAGGUGGUUUUCCUUUCAGAAAACAUACAGCGCAUGCGUCGAGCAAAUUCAUAUUCAAGCAUGUUUUUCAUCUUAUAAUAAUACACAAUAUAUAUCAUUUUCAUUUUGCUCGACAAAUGCGCACAUCUUUUCCGGAGCAAUAAUCUGUAUGACAUUUGACAGUUUUCAGGCUUAUGUUGAAAAAAAGGUGGGGAAUGUCUUAUUCAUGAUGUCAUAAUGCUAUUCAAUAAGGAAUAUCAUUCUGAUUUUGUUGACAUAGUAUACCUGGCAUAUAUUCUACUUUCUUAAAACGUUGAUUAAGGUUAAUUCCAGACACAUUUUAUUGAGGGAAAUUUUUGGGUCCUUUUUAUGUAUACAAUCAUACCCUGUUCUUUAAAAUUGUUUAUAUAUUGACAAGAAGAACAUUCAAGAUUCAUGUAAUAUUGAAAGACAAAUGAAAAUGCUCUUAUCUUUAUUGAUUGUAAGUUUGAAAAUUUUGAUUUUACUGCUUGUGAAAUUGUAUAUGCAAAUCAGUUGUUGUGGUUUGUUUUUACUACACAUCAAAAUUCAUAUCCCUUGUAAAACAAGAUGACAUGCACAUUUUUCUUAUGCACACAGUACUGAUUUUUGUCUUUGGUGUGAUAUCCGUAUCCUUAUAUAAAGAGAAUUAACUUACAAUGUCACAGGAGGGGAUAAGGCAGAGUUGUCUCUCUUGGCAUGUAAUGAAAUAAAGUUCAACUAUUAUAUUG